GCCGCCCGGCCCGGCCGAGCCGGCGCCUCCCGCCCCUCGCCCCGCCCCGGCCGCGGCCCGACCCAGCGGCAGGAAGAUGGCGGCGCUCAUCCCCCUCAGCCAGCAGUUUUCUACUGGGAACCCAAUAUAUGAAACCUACUACAAACAGGUAGAUCCAACAUACACGGGGAGAGUUGGGGCAAGUGAAGCUGCUCUGUUCCUUAAAAAAUCCGGUCUCUCUGAUAUCAUCCUUGGAAAAAUAUGGGAUUUGGCUGACCCAGAGGGGAAAGGAUACUUAGAUAAACAGGGUUUCUACGUCGCGUUGCGCCUCGUGGCCUGCGCCCAGAACGGCCACGACGUCAACAUGAGCAGCCUCAGCCUGACGGUGCCACCCCCCAAAUUUCAUGACAGUAGCAGCCCUUUGCUGAUCACACCACCUUCAUCAGACACUCACUGGGCUGUCAGGGUGGAAGAAAAAGCAAAGUUUGAUGGUAUUUUUGAAAGCCUUUUGCCAGUAAAUGGUUUACUUUCAGGAGACAAAGUAAAACCAGUACUGAUGAAUUCAAAGCUACCUCUCGAUAUCCUCGGCAGGGUGUGGGAUCUCAGUGACAUUGAUAAAGAUGGUCACCUGGACAAGGAUGAAUUUGCUGUGGCAAUGCAUUUGGUUUAUAGAGCUCUUGAGAAAGAGUCAGUCCCUUCACAAUUGCCCCCUUCUCUCAUACCACCUUCCAAAAGAAAGAAGAUGCCGGCGUUCCCCGGAGCCGUCCCCGUUCUCCCUGCCAGCCCCCCACCCAAAGACAGCCUGCGUUCCACGCCCUCCCACGGCAGCGUCAACAGCCUGAACAGCACAGGCAGUUUAUCUCCCAAGCACAGCAUCAAACAACCACAGCCAGCUGUGAACUGGGUGGUGCCACUGGCUGAGAAAGUGAGAUACGAUGAGAUUUUCCUAAAAACAGACACGGACAUGGACGGCUUUGUGAGUGGCCAAGAAGUGAAGGACAUUUUUAUGCACUCAGGUCUGUCUCAGAAUCUCCUAGCACAUAUAUGGGCUUUGGCAGACACGAGGCAGAUGGGGAAGCUCAGCAAAGAUCAGUUUGCACUUGCCAUGUAUCUCAUCCAACAGAAGGUCAGCAAAGGGAUUGAUCCUCCCCAAGUGUUAACCCCAGAUAUGAUCCCCCCCACGGAGAGGAACACUCCCCUCCAGACCCUGGCAGGUUACUUGACCCCUGUAGGAGCUGAGAUCUCUGCCCUGCCAGAAAUGCGCCGUGACAGUGCAAGUUCUGUGGGAUCAGGAGAAUUCACAGGAGUGAAAGAGCUGGAUGAUAUCAGUCAGGAAAUUGCUCAGCUGCAGAGAGAAAAAUACUCCCUAGAGCAGGACAUCAGGGAAAAGGAAGAAUCAAUCAGACAGAAAACUAACGAAGUUCAGGAGCUGCAGAAUGACCUGGACAGGGAGACGAGCAGCUUGCAGGAGCUGGAGGCUCAGAAACAGGACGCCCAGGACAGGCUGGAUGAGAUGGACCAGCAGAAAGCCAAACUCAAGGACAUGCUCAGUGAUGUCAGGCAGAAAUGCCAGGAGGAAACACAGGUGAUUUCAUCACUAAAAAUGCAGAUUCAAUCUCAGGAAUCAGAUUUAAAAUUACAGGAAGAUGACCUUAACAGAGCAAAAGCAGAGCUGAACCGCCUGCAGCAGGAAGAGACUCAGCUAGAGCAGAGUAUCCAGGCUGGAAAAGUACAGCUUGAAACAAUAAUCAAAUCUUUAAAAUCAACCCAGGAAGAGAUAAACCAGGCAAGGAAUAAACUGUCCCAGCUGCAGGAGAACCAGCAGGAGGUCACCAAGAGCAUCGAGGAGUACAAUGAAGCCCUCAAUGGCAUCCAUGGGGGCAGCCUGACCAACUUAGCAGACAUGAGUGAAGGCCUUGGGCACUCAGAAAGGAGCAAUUAUGGAACUCUGGAUGAUCCAUUUAAGAACAAAGCCUUGAUGUUCACCAACAACACCCAAGAAUUGCACACAGACCCAUUCCAGUCAGAAGAUCCUUUCAAAUCUGAUCCAUUUAAGGGAGCAGACCCUUUCAAAGGCAGUGACCCAUUCCAGCACGAUCCUUUUGCAGAACAGCCCCCUGCUCCAGCAGAUCCCUUUGGAGGUGAUCCCUUUAAGGAAAGUGACCCAUUUCGGAGUUCUGCCCACGAGGAUUUCUUCAAGAAACCAGUGAAGAGCGACCCAUUUACCUCAGAUCCAUUCACAAAACCCCCUGCUUUACCCUCAAAGCCUGACCCUUUUGAAAGCACUGAUCCUUUUACGUCUUCCAGCAUCUCUUCAAAAGGUCCAGAUCCCUUUGGAACGCUGGAUCCAUUUGGAAGUGGUGCUUUCAGCAGUGGGGAGGGAUUUGCAGACUUCAGUCAGAUGUCAAAGUCAGCAGCUCCUGACCCCUUUGCCUCCUCUUUUGGAGGGGGGGGAUUUUCAGAUGACCCUUUCAAAAGCAAAGCAGACACCCCAGCGUUGCCACCCAAGAAAAACGUCCCUCCACGGCCCAAGCCACCCAGUGGUAAAAGCACUCCUGUCAGCCACCUUGGGCCUGCAGAUUUCCCCAAGCCCCACGAUCCAUUCCAGCCGUUCGGGGCUGACACCACUGACCCCUUUCAAAGUAAAAAGGGCUUUGGGGACCCAUUUAGUGGAAAAGAUCCAUUUGCUCCCUCCUCUUCGAGUAAAACUCCUAAAGACUCUUCCUUGGGGUUUGCAGACUUCAGCUCUGUAAGUUAAGUUCCUUGUCUCAGCAAACCACUUUCCUGCUCUGCUUGCAGCCAAAUCUGUUGGUUUUUUUUGUUGUUUUUGUUUUGUUUUGUUUUGUUUCACCUGCAAACCUCCUGUUCCCCUGGCUUCUG